GAAUGGAAUCAAACACACCCAGCGGCAGAGUCAUGUGUUUGGUCAUGAGGAAGUAAACAGGGAAGAAGAGAGCUCCACCGGAGCUGCAGUAUCUGCUGGAAAAUCACACUGUCAAGGUGUGGCUAUUUGGAGCAUCCUCCUCCUCAUCUUCUUCCGGCCGCUAUGGUGGACUUUCUGGCGGAGAACAACUUGUGCGGCCAGGCCAUCCUCAGGAUAGUUUCCAGAGGAAAUGCCAUCAUCGCUGAGCUCCUGCGUCUCUCUGAAUUCAUCCCUGCAGUUUUCAGGCUCAAAGACAAAAGUGACCAGCAGAAAUAUGGAGACAUUAUCUGUGACUUCAGCUACUUCAAGGGCCCAGAGUAUUAUGAGGGGAAGUUGGAAGCCAAACCUGAGCUUCAAGACCUGGAUGAAGAGUUUAGAGAGAACAACAUUGAGAUUCUAUCAAGGUUCUAUCUGGCUUUUGAGAGUGUCCACAAAUAUAUAGUGGAUCUUAACAGAUAUUUAGAUGACCUACAUGAGGGUGUUUAUAUUCAGCAGACUCUGGAGACUGUGCUUCUAAAUGAGGAUGGAAAACAACUUCUAUGCGAGGCUCUCUAUCUUUACGGAGUCAUGUUGCUGGUUAUUGACCAAAAAAUUGAAGGGGAGGUCAGAGAGAGGAUGCUUGUUUCCUACUAUAGAUACAGUGCCGCCCGUUCAUCAGCUGACUCCAACCUUGAUGACAUCUGCAAGCUCCUCCGCAGCACCGGUUACUCCAGCCAGCCUGGAGCCAAACGACCAGCAAACUACCCAGAGAGCUACUUCCACAGGGUUCCCAUUAGUUCCACUUUUAUUAGCAUGGUCAUUGGGAGGCUGCGCUCUGAUGACAUCUACAACCAAGUGUCUGCGUACCCUCUACCAGAGCAUCGUAGCACGGCACUGGCUAACCAGGCAGCCAUGUUGUAUGUCUGCCUUUACUUCAGCCCUUCCAUACUGCACACCCAGCAGGCCAAGAUGAGAGAGAUAGUGGACAAGUACUUCCCUGACAACUGGGUUAUCAGUAUCUACAUGGGGAUCACAGUGAACCUGGUGGAGGCCUGGGAACCAUACAAAGCUGCCAAGACUGCUCUCAACUACACCCUGGACUCUGCUAACAUCAAGGAACAGGCUACUAGAUAUGCAACUAGCAUGGAGAGCCUGAGGCCUCAGGUGCAGCAGCUGCUUAAGGAAGGUUUCCUGAGGGAGGAGAUCAUCCUGGACAACAUUCCUAAACUGCUCAACUGUCUGAGGGACUGUAACGUUGCUAUCCGCUGGCUGAUGCUGCACUCUGCAGAGUCGGCCUAUGACCCAAACAACAAGCGACUGCGUCAGAUCAAAGACCAAGUGCUCAAUGACUCCAAGUACAACCCGAAGAUCCUGUUCCAGCUUCUGCUAGACACAGCUCAGUUUGAGUUCACACUCAAAGAGAUGUUCAAGCAGAUGCUGUCAGAGAAGCAGAUCAAAUGGGAGAGCUACAAGAAGGAGGGAUCAGAGAGAAUGACUGAGCUGGCUGAAGUCUUCUCUGGCGUCAAACCGCUUACCAGGGUGGAGAAAAAUGAGAACUUACAAGCCUGGUUCAGAGAAAUCUCAAAGCAGAUCGAGUCUUUGAACUAUGAGGACUCUACAGCUGCUGGGAGGAAGACAGUUCAGCUCAUACAGGCUCUUGUUGAGGUCCAGGAGUUCCACCAGUUGGAGUCUAACCUGCAGGUUUGUCAGUUCUUGGCUGACACCAGGAAGUUCUUGCACCAAAUGAUCCGCACCAUUAAUAUCAAAGAAGAAGUCCUCAUUACCAUGCAGAUAGUUGGUGACUUGUCCUACGCAUGGCAGAUAAUUGACAGCUUCACAUCCAUUAUGCAGGAGAGCAUCAGAGUCAAUCCAUCCAUGGUCACAAAACUGAGAGCUACAUUUCUGAAGUUGGCAUCUGCACUGGAUCUUCCAUUGCUCCGCAUCAACCAGGCCAACAGUGCUGACCUGCUGAGCGUUUCACAGUUCUACUCUGGGGAAUUGGUGGCUUAUGUCAGAAAGGUGCUUCAGAUCAUUCCAGAGAGCAUGUUCACCUCUCUGGCCAAGAUCAUCAAGCUUCAGAUCCAUGACAUCAUGGAAGUGCCCACACGGCUGGAUAAGGACAAGCUAAAGGACUACUCCCAGCUCGGAGCUCGCUAUGAGGUGGCUAAACUCACUCAUGACAUCUCUAUUUUCACUGAGGGCAUCCUGAUGAUGAAGACAACUCUAGUUGGGAUCAUUAAGGUGGAUCCUAAGCAGCUCCUGGAGGAUGGCAUCAGGAAGGAGCUGGUGAAGAGGGUGGCUUAUGCCUUGCACAAAGGUUUGAUCUUCAACCCCAAGUCUAAGCCCAGUGAGCUGAUGCCAAAGUUGAAGGACAUGGCGGCCACCAUGGAUGGUUUCUACAGGUCGUUUGAGUACAUCCAAGACUACGUCAGCAUUUAUGGCCUUAAAAUCUGGCAGGAGGAAGUGUCACGCAUAAUCAACUACAAUGUGGAACAGGAAUGCAACAGCUUCCUUAGGACCAAGAUCCAGGACUGGCAGAGUGUGUACCAGUCCACCCACAUCCCUAUCCCCAAGUUUCCCUCUGUGGAUGAGUCUGCCACUUUCAUUGGUCGUCUCUGCAGAGAGAUCCUCCGAAUCACUGAUCCAAAGACAACGUGUUACAUAGACCAGUUGAACACCUGGUACGACCUGAAGAGCCACCAGGAAGUGACCAACAACAGGCUAUUCUCUGAAAUCCAGAACACUCUGGGUACAUUUGGCCUCAAUGGACUGGACCGUCUGCUCUGCUUCAUGAUUGUCAAGGAGUUGCAGAACUUCCUGACAAUGCUUCAGAAGACCAUCUUAAAGGACAAGGCAGUGGUGGAUGUCUUUAAAGCAAUGCUGGGUGCUGUCAACCCAAUUCAGGGAAUUGUGGCUAAUGCCAGCAAAGUGUACGCCAGUGCAGUGACCAAAACACAGAAGAUCUGGGGCGGAUACUUGGAGGCAAUCAUGAAGGUUGGUCAGAUGCAGAUUCUCAGACAGCAGAUUGCUAAUGAGCUGAACUACUCCUGCAAGUUUGACUCCAAACACCUGGCUGCUGCCCUGGAAAACCUCAACAAAUCUCUGCUGGCAGACAUUGAAGCGCACUACCAGGAUCCAUCCUUGCCCUACCCUAAAGAGGACAACACUCUUCUGUAUGAGAUCACUGCCUAUCUGGAGGCUGCUGGCAUUCACAACCCACUCAACAAGAUCUACAUCACCACCAAGCGCCUACCUUACUUUCCUAUCAUCAACUUCCUAUUUAUUAUUGCCCAGCUGCCCAAACUUCAGUACAGCAAAAACCAAGGAAUGACCUGCAGGAAAGCCGCAGACCCAAUCGACUGGCCUCCCCUAGUACUCGGUCUGCUCACUCUCCUCAAGCAGUUCCACUCCAGAUACACACAACAGUUCUUGGCUCUCAUUGGUCAGUUCAUCCGCUCAAUCAUGGAGCAGUGCACAAGUCAGAAGAUACCUGACAUGCCCUCUGAUGUGGUGGGAGCUCUGAUGUUUCUGGAAGACUACGUGAAGUACACAAAACUGUCACGCAAGGUGGCUGAAGCCCAUGUGCCCAGUUUCAUUUUUGAUGAGUUCAGAACAGUACUGUGAAGAUCUGGAUGAAGCACCUCAUGAAUAAAAUUAUGCUGCCAUAGGCUUGUUUCACAUCAGACAUUUUGACUUGUUAUAGUAGGGUAAGCACCAGUGUUACUAAUGACAUGAACAAUGGCUUUGUUCCAGUGAGCCACAAUAGUGUGACAGUGAGCCAGCAUACACAGUUCCAGGAUGGUGAAACUGGAGCAGCUACAUCAAAGUCAGCCAUUUUACAUGUUUUUAUUUAUACAUGCAACAUGCCAAAGUGUCUUCUGUGGAAAAAAGCCUAUUGAAUAGUUUACUUACAUUUCAUUGUUUAGACCAUAAAUGUUAUAAUGCACUAAUUAGAGACUGUAUAUAGAUAGAAAAUUAAAAUUGCCUAUAAACUAACUUGCCAACUUUGUGUAUUAUCACUUUGUGCCAUUUCCUAAUGAAAUUCAUUAAUAAAUACGAUUGUUCAAAAUA